UCUUAGUUCUUUUGGCAGCAGCGCCGCUGGUUGAGGCUGAAGCCAAGGGCGGCUCCUCCUCCUCCUCCUAUUAUUUAUUAAUUAAUUAAUUAUUAAUUGUUAUUAAUUAUCAUUAUUAAGAAGGAGAGGAGCCCGCCUGGUGUCUCUCGGGGGUCGGUUGGGGGGCCCAGGAGGAGGAGGAGAAGCCCCUUCUUCCCUUCCCUUCCCGGCCAAGAUGCUGCUGCCUUCCCCGCUGGCCCCCGCCUGGAUCCUCCUGGCAGCCCUUCUCCUCCUCUCCGGAGCCGCCAGAGUAAACAAGCACAAACCAUGGAUCGAAACGACGUACCAUGGCAUAGUCACAGAGAACGACAACACAGUCCUGCUGGACCCCCCAUUGAUAGCACUGGAUAAGGACGCACCUCUCCGUUUUGCAGAGAGUUUUGAGGUGACAGUCACCAAAGAAGGUGAGAUCUGUGGAUUUAAAAUCCACGGGCAAAAUGUCCCCUUCGAAGCGGUGGUGGUGGACAAAUCCACUGGCGAGGGGAUGAUCCGAUCCAAAGAGAAGCUGGACUGCGAGCUGCAGAAAGACUAUACGUUCACCAUCCAAGCCUACGACUGUGGCAAGGGACCAGAUGGAGCCAACAUGAAAAAAUCCCACAAAGCAACAGUGCACAUCCAGGUGAACGACGUCAACGAGUAUGCGCCAGUCUUUAAGGAGAAGUCCUACAAGGCCACCGUGAUCGAAGGAAAGAGGUACGACAACGUCUUGAAAGUGGAAGCGGUGGACGCUGACUGCUCUCCCCAGUUCAGCCAGAUCUGCAGCUACGAAAUCGUCACUCCAGACGUCCCCUUUACUAUCGACAAAGAUGGUUACAUUAAGAACUCAGAGAAACUCAACUACGGGAAGGAGCACCAGUAUAAGCUCACAGUGACAGCCUACGACUGUGGGAAGAAAAGGGCUACAGAAGAUGUGCUGGUGAAGAUUACUAUAAAACCAACAUGCAAGCCAGGAUGGCAAGGAUGGAGCAAAAGAAUGGAAUACGAACCGGGGACAGGUGCGCUCUCUCUCUUCCCUAACAUCCAUUUGGAGACGUGCGAUGAGCCCAUCACAUCCGUACAAGCCACCAUCGAACUGGAGACCAACCACAUUGGGAAAGGUUGUGACCGAGAUACAUAUGCUGAAAAAUCUCUGCAUAGGCUUUGCGGUGCUUCCUCAGGGACAGCGGAGCUGCUUCCCCCUCCGAGCAACAUGGCAAACUGGACAAUAGGCCUUCCGACCGACAACGGCCACGACAGCGACCAGGUCUUCGAGUUCAACGGCACCCAAGCUGUGAAAAUACCAGACAGUGUUGUCAUCGUCAAUAUGAAAGAGCCUUUUGUGAUCUCAGUGUGGAUGAGGCACGGGCCUGGAAGCAGGGAGAAGGAGGCCAUCCUUUGCAACUCAGACAAGACAGAUAUGAACCGACACCAUUAUUCUCUCUACGUCCACAAUUGCCGACUAGUGUUCCUCUUCCGCCAAGAUCCCUCUGAAGGGCAGAGUUACAAACCAGCGGAGUUCCACUGGAAACUAAACCAGGUGUGUGAUAAGGAGUGGCAUCACUACAUCCUCAAUAUAGAAUUUCCAACAGUCUCGCUGUACGUCGACGGGGUUUCCUUUGACCCUUUCCCCGUGACGGAGGACUAUCCACUCCAUCCCUCCAAAAUAGAAUCCCAGCUGGUGGUUGGUGCUUGCUGGCAAGAAUAUGCAGGAAAUGAGAAUGACACAGAAAAGGCGACUGAAAGCCCUGCAGGUGGCGAACUCCGCAUGGCCCAGUACUUCCGAGGCAACUUGGCCGGUUUAAUGAUUCGCUCCGGUAAACUGGAGAACAAGAAGGUGAUCGACUGCCUUUACACCUGCAAAGAAGGGCUGGAUUUACAGAUGGCAGACGGUGUUGGCAAGGGCCUGAAGAUCCACAUGAACCCGAGCCAGUCGACCCUGAGCUUGGAAGGAGACGACAUUGACAGGUUUGACAAGGCCAUGCAGCACAUCUCCUACCUGAACUCUCGGCAGUUCCCGACACCAGGCAUCCGUCGGAUCAAGAUCACCAGCACCGUGAAGUGUUCCAACGAUGAGGCCUGCAUCGCCAUUCCCUUUGUCGACGGCUACAUCAUGGUCUUGCAGCCCGAAGAGCCCAAGAUCAGCCUGAGCGGCAUCAACCACUUUGCCCGGUCGGCUUCAGAGUUUGAGAGCCCCGAAGGAGUUUCUCUCUUCCCUGAGCUUCGCAUCAUCAGUACCAUCACGCGGGAAGUGGAGCCAGAAGGAGAUGGCGAUGAGGAUCCCACAGUCCAAGAAUCCUUAGUCUCUGAGGAGAUCAUGCACAAUUUGGAUACCUGUGAGGUCACUGUGGUGGGAGAGGAGCUCAACCAGGAGCAAGAGAGCUUGGAGGUUGACAUGGUGCGGCUGCAGCAGAAAGGCAUGGAGAUGAGCAGUUCCAACCUUGGCCUCAUCAUCACUGGGGUCGAUACCAUGGCCAGCUACGAAGAGGUUUUGCACUUGAUCCGCUACCGCAACUGGCACGCCGUCUCUCUGUUUGACCGCAAGUUCAAGUUGGUCUGUUCGGAGCUCAAUGGGCGCUAUGUCAGCAAUGAAUUUAAGGUGGAGGUGAAUGUGAUCCAUACUGCCAACCCCAUGGACCACGCAAGCCACAUCGCAGCCCAGCAGCCCCAGUUUGUCCAGCCCAUCCACCACUCCUUUGUGGACCUCUCGGGUCACAAUCUUGCCAACCCUCACCCUGGGUUCUCCGUGGUUCCAAGUACCGCCACUGUUGUGAUUGUGGUGUGCGUCAGCUUCCUGGUUUUCAUGAUCAUCCUUGGAGUGUUCAGGAUCAGAGCCGCCCACCAGCGAACGAUGCGGGACCAGGAUUCUGGGAAGGAGAACGAGAUGGACUGGGACGAUUCGGCUUUGACCAUAACCGUUAACCCCAUGGAGACCUAUGAGGACCAGCACAGCAGCGAGGAGGAGGAGGAGGAAGAGGAGGAGAGCGAAGACGGAGAGGAGGAAGACGACAUCACGAGCGCCGAGUCGGAGAGCAGCGAGGAAGAGGAAGGGGAGCAGGAGGACCAACAGAACGUGAACAGGCAGCAGCAGCUAGAAUGGGACGAUUCCACGCUCACCUAUUGAUCCCAGCGCUUCCUGGCGUCAGCGUCGUCGUCUCUUCUCUCUCUGUCUCUCUUUCUUUUAUGUCGUUGCUCUUCUGUUCUAGAAGACUCCACUGCAAACCACUCCAUCGCUCUCCGGGACGCCUGGUGUGAGCGGGCCGCUUGGGCCGGCAGAGGCAACCAAUGCACCCCGACACAAAAUCCCCCUCCAGCCUCAUCCACAUGUGUCUCUCUCUCUGUCUCUCUCCCAGCUCCCCUUCCUUCCCUUUAGGACUCCAGCUAGCCCCUCUUCUCCCUCUGUUCUCCCACAGUGACUGGAUUACGAUUAUGGGGUUUGGGGCGAUUGUUUUUUUUACUUUGCAAGGGACUGCCUUGUAUUCUCUCCCGACGUCAUCUGGCUCAAGGGACGCAACAGCUCCGUAGCCAUUGCACACUCUCGGUUUUUAUCCUUCUCGUUUCUUAAGGUUUCCUUUUGGCUCGGUUCUUCUCCCAGGACAAGAAACGGCGAACGCCAAGACCGUUGGGUGACCCAGGGUUAAAUUCUUCCUCUCUCUUUCUUGUUUCGAUUUGGGUGCUUUGCCGGGGAGAGCAGGUGGCGGCUCAUGUCAUCCCACCCACCCAUUCCUUCCCUGAACCUUUUUAAACUUGUUUUCCGCCCCCAUCUCUCUCUCCUCCCAAACUCUAGUGCAUGUGUAAAAUCGCAGAAUGAGGUCCAUACGUAGACGAUUAACAAGACUUUUUAAUAUUUUGUAAAUAUAUCGGAAUUAUGUAAUUACGUCACUUGUGGUAGUGAAAAAAACAAAACCGGGGUGGGAUGGGGAGACUUGGGAGGGAGGGAGGAAACCAUGCUCAAGUUUUAAAGACAAAUCAUGCAGCAUGCUGUAGUGAUAAGGUUUGGGUUUUCCUUUUCUUUUUCCUCUUCUGAAACCCCUGCUGCCCGAAGCAUGGGGCAAGUUUUCAUUAAUGUAGAGAAAUGAAUGAUGAUCCAGUGGCGUUGGACUCGGCUGCCAUCUCCGCUCUGUCCCAGGCCCUGUUUUUGUUUCUUUUGUUCAGAGAAAAGGCCGAAAAAGAGAAAGGAAAAGUGGUUUUAGUUGCAAAAAGACCCCCUCCCUGGGUCUGACUACCCUCCCUUCUCACGGUUUGGGUCCUUAUCCGUUUUGCUUUUGAGAACAAUGUGUCUGGGGCACUUGGUAUACAUAUAUAUAUAUAAAAAU